AUGGUUCUUUAUGGUUUAAAUCAAUUGAUCUUGAAAAUUGGGAUAAAAUUCCCUGCCUCGGUCUUAGGAAUGUUAAUCAAUAUCAUUUGGCUUUGUAUUCUUAGUUCUUUAUCAAAAUACAAAUGGGCAGAGAAGCUACUCCAUGGGUACUUGAAGCUAGUACAACCAUCGAUGAAUUUUAGUUUGAAAUGGAUAAAUGUAUUUUUUUUACCUUCGUUUAUCAUUUUACCACUCAGUCAACAUAUAACCUUUAUAGAGGUUUUGAAGAUAGCUGCUGUAUUUAUUAUUGGUUGGUGGGCUCUUAUGGUGUUAGAUGUUUAUUUGAUCUUGUUGUUAAGGAUUUUAUUCAAUAGAAAGAGAAAGAGUCACCCCAAGAAGGAAGAUACUGAGGAACCUGAAUCUUUCAAUCUUUUCACUUCCAUGAGAGAUAUUACCACAAUUGAGCUUAGACAGGUCAAGACUGAGCCUAAACUUAGAGUUUCCUUAACUAUAGAUGAGAACCCUUUUGUUGCCAAGCCUGAACAAUCUUAUAUGAAAUCACCAUCAGCUCCUGCUUCCUUAUUUGAUCAUAAUGGUUAUGAUGAAGAUAUUGACAGUGGUGACUCCGAUUCCAUUGCUUUUCAACAUCAACAGCCCAAUAAGUUGCCUAAAGAAGAUGAAAAAGUAGUCAUAUUUAUCACCAAUUAUAUCGAUUGGAUUUUAUGGUCUUUAUUAUUUGUCGUGUCGUUACCAUUGUAUUACAUACCAUCUUAUCAUUUACUUUUACCUUUCCAUUUAAGUAUUUCAGUAUUAUCAUUCUAUGUGGCAUUGAGCAUACCUUUAAAAUGGCCAGCGACCAAAAGGUUUGCCCAUCCAUUAUUGAUUUCAACAUUUUUGAUCCUUUUGAUUUGUUGGAUAUCCUCAUUGAUCUAUCUGCAUCAACCAAAAGGGUUUUUAGAUGAUUUAAAAUAUUACAAGACAGGGAAAAAUUAUCUUAAUCUUUUCAAUGGAAAACCAAUGUUGAACAAUGGAGAAGUAUUGAAAGGAGAAGCCAUUACCAGAUACCCAUUUUGGCCAGGAUGUGGAGAUAUUUUCUCAUCCUUGAUGGAUGUAUCGAUUAUAUCCUUAAGUUUACCGAUGUUUACCCAUAGAAAAGAUUUUGUUAAGAAUUUCUGGAUCUUGAUUCCUAUUUUAGUUUCAAUGGUUUUAACAUUUUUCUUGUACCCUAUAGUGUGUCAUGCCAUCGGUAUUCAAUCUCAAAGAUCAAUUGGUUUCAUAGGUAGAAGUGUAACCUUAGCUAUGGGUAUGCCUUUAAUUGAAGCUCUUAAUGGUUCUACAUCAUUAAUGGCCGUCUGUACUAUUUUAUCAGGUAUAUGUGGAGUACUUAUUGGCGAUUACGUUUAUUUAUUAUUGAAAAUUCCUAAGGAUGAUUUUGUUACUAGAGGGGUUAGCUUGGGUAUCAAUUGUGGAGCUAUAGCUACUGCUCAUUUAUUGACCACUGAUCCUCGUGCAGCUUCUAUGAGUUCCUUGAGUUUUACUAUAUUUGCUACUGUUAUGAUUAUUUUUGCAAGUAUUGGUCUGAUCAGGGAUCUAGUAAAUACAUUGGUUGGAUUGUAA